UUUUGUGCAAGCGGUGAAAUCGGGGAAUGAACUAUUGCGGUUCAGUGCGCCAAUAGAAUGACCAACAAAGCAGUCAGAACAAACGGCUUUGAAGUUCAUCUUACCAUGUCGCCGAAUCAUUGUAGCGUUUAAUGCCCAACCUUUCAAUAGAGUUUUGCAGCGAUUAGUGUAGCACUUCUAUCUGGCACUCCGAACGCAUCGGCUGUACUACUGCAUCAUGUCCGAGGAAAAGGUCAUGCACAUUUGGAUGAGGUGCUUGAUGCCACUGCUGUUGGUCCACUGCAUAUCUGCAAAUCCUAGUUUCGAGGACCUUGGUCGCAGCUUGGAUAUGGAGGCAAAGGACACUGUGGUGGAUACUACGGGAAUACUGGAACAAACACAACCCAAACAAAUGAAUUUCCAGAAGGCACCCAUUGGUUACAAGGACUAUGAGUACUUUCUGGGCUCUGGUCCUAGACGAAUUGGAGAUCUAUAUGGCGCUGACAACGAUCUUAGUGCCACAUCGGCUCUUAAGAUUCACGGCGAAGAAAAUUUGGCUUCCUUGAACAGGCCAGUAAGCGGAAUUGCCCAAAAGCCGCUCCCUUGGUAUGGAGAUUACUCCAACAAAAUGUUGGCCAAUCCACCAAUGUAUCCCUCACGGUCUUACGAUCCCUACAUCCGCCGAUACGACAGAUUCGAUGAGCAAUACCAUCGCAACUAUCCGCAGUACUUUGAGGACAUGUAUAUGCACCGCCAGCGAUUCGAUCCGUACGAUAGCUAUAGCCCCCGUAUACCCCAGUAUCCAGAUCCGUAUGUGAUGUAUCCGGACCGUUACCCAGAUGCCCCUCUAUCUCUAAGGGACUAUCCCAAAUUGGGUCGCAGAUAUAUAGACGAACCCAUGGCUCCCAUCGAUUCCUACAGCAGCAGCAAAUACGCAGCAUCAUCGAAGCAAUCUGAUUUGAAUUUUCCAGCCCGUAAUGAGCGGAUCGUAUACUACGCCCACCUUCCGGAGAUUGUCAGAACACCGUAUGAUAGUACUUCGCCAGAGGAUCGCAACUCAGCUCCUUACAAGCUGAACAAGAAGAAAAUAAAAAAUAACCUGCGACCUUCAACGAGUAAUGCUACCACCUAUAAAAUGACGUUGUAAGAGAGAAAUUUAGCAUUUAAUGCAUUUUUUAACGCAUUAUUCAUCAGCAUUUUAAUCAUAAAACUAAGCACUAAGUUCAGAGUUUCAAAUAUUUUAUUACAUUUAUGCAAUCACAUCAUAAAAUUAAAAGUAAACUCAAAAUUAGGUGAAAGCAAAUUGAUUGGCACAAACCCUGCAUUCUAUAUUUUAUAAAUAAAUUUAAGAUUUUUUUUUUGUUACUUUUCAUAGGUUUUAAUAUAAGAUUUCAAUUUUUUUAUCAUCAUAGAUUAUAUUGAAAAGAAUCAAAUUAAAGAAUACAAAUGUUAUAUCUUUCUUUGAUUCUUUUUAACAGAAACGUUCAGUUUCGUAAGAACUAUUUUUUUUGAAAAUAUUUUUUAAUGAAUGGAAAUAAACUUAACGCAAAAAUGGCA